CUGAGGGCGGCGGGCGCGGCCCUUCCGGCCCGGCGGCGAUGCUGCGGUGGGGGUUCCGCGUCCUGAGCUGCGGCUCCUCCGCCCCGUGGAGGCGGCAGCGCAGCGUUCUUGCAAUGGCUGAGGAUUUGAUAGCAGCGGUUGCCAGCCAGACAAAGAGACUCAACAGCAGCAGCGAGGUGGUUCAAAGGCUGGAAGAAAACGGGCAUCAGAAUAAAAAGUUGAAGAGUGAUGCAGAUGAGGAAGAUGCAGAGGAUCAGAAUAAGAAGUUGCCCAAAAGGAAGAUUGUGCUGUUGAUGGCAUAUUCAGGGAAAGGCUACCAUGGCAUGCAAAGAAACGUGGGAUCUUCACAGUUCAAGACAAUUGAAGAUGACCUGGUCUCUGCCCUUGUUCAGUCAGGAUGCAUCCCAGAGAACCAUGGGGAAGAUAUGAAGAAGAUGUCUUUCCAGCGCUGUGCUCGAACAGAUAAGGGUGUGUCUGCAGCUGGACAGAUUGUGUCACUGAAGGUCAGGCUAAUAGAUGACAUCUUAGAAAAGAUCAAUAAUCAUCUUCCUUCUCACAUCAGAAUUCUGGGCCUGAAGAGAGUCACUGGGGGGUUCAACUCCAAGAACAAAUGUGAUGCCAGAACCUACUCCUACAUGCUGCCAACGUUUGCCUUUGCCCAUAAGGACCAUGAUGUGCAGGAGGAGCUUUUUCGGCUCGACAGAGACACCCUUGAAAGGGUCAAUCGACUGCUGGCCUGCUACAAAGGGACACACAACUUCCACAACUUCACAUCACAGAAGGGCCCCAGGGACCCCAGUGCCAAGAGGUACAUCAUGGAGAUGUACUGUGGAGAGCCCUUCGUCAGGGAAAACGUGGAAUUUGCAGUGAUCCAAGUGAGAGGUCAGAGUUUCAUGAUGCACCAGAUCAGGAAGAUGAUUGGGCUGGUGAUAGCAAUUGUGAAAGGUUAUGCUGCUGAGUCCAUCAUGGAACGUAGCUGGGGAGAGGAGAAGGUUGAUGUCCCCAAAGCCCCAGGACUUGGGCUGGUUUUGGAGAAAGUACACUUUGAAAAAUACAACAGGCGUUUUGGGAAUGAUGGGCUGCAUGAGCCACUGGAGUGGACAGAGGAGGAGGAGAAGAUUGCUCUUUUCAAAGAGCAGUACAUCUAUCCUACCAUUAUCAACACAGAAAGGGAGGAGAAAUCAAUGGCAAACUGGCUAAAAACCCUCCCCAUUCAUGACUUCAACUCCUCUGCUGUUGAGAUGCAAACUAACAACAGAAAUUCAAAGAAGAGCAGCGAUCUCGAAGGCAGCGAUGGUUGUGGCGAUGAUUCUGACUGAGCCAGCAGCUGGCUGGACGUGGGACCCUUGCUGCUUGCAGUUCCCUUUGUCUACAAAAAAAGUGGCCUUUCCAAAUCCAGGAAUCCAGUGAAACAGGAGUUUGUGUGCUUGCAGAAUGAGAACUGGAUGCCCAGGAGGAGCUGGGUGGGGAAGACGGUGCAGCAGAAAAAACUGAAGUUUUUUAUACCACUGACUGAUGUACCUGACUGAUAUACUUGAAAACAGUGUAGUGGGAUAGCAGCUUUCUAAAAAAAAAUCUUGAAAUGCAGGAUAUCUUAAUUGCUAUUUGAAUAAUGUUUUUAUUAUGUUUACCUGGAAAAUAGUAUUUUAAAUAUGUAUAAUCUCUAUGUAAAAACAGGGUAAAUAAUUUUAAUACACUCCUUUUUAUUAUGAAGUUAUGACUUCAUGAGCUUUUGAUUUUUUUAAAAAAUAAUUUACCUUUACUCAAAUUGAAUCUUAAAGCUUUUACUUUUCAUGUCAUCCAUGGUUUUCCUAUGGAAUAACAUGCAUGACCCUGAGAUUAACUCAGUUAAUUACAGUGUGGUGCUAAAAAUGCCAAGUAUGGAUUCAAUCCCUUUAUGGACCAUUCACUUCAGAGUUGGACUUGGUGAUCCUUGUGGGUCCCUACCAACUCAGAAUACUCUUUGAUUUAGAAAUUGUGGGUUAGGAACUCACUAUCAUGCAACUCCACACAUGCUGAACUCCUUUGGUUUUGAAACAAAUUUCUGUGUUUUCUAGGGUUUUGCAGGUCUAAAGGAAAUGAUUCCUUACUCAGUGAGAGGGCUUUAGUUUGGAAUGUAGACUGAGCCAUACAUUCUAAGAUAAAACCUUUUCUGUGGGAGGUGCCAUCCUCCCAGCAUUGCCCUCGUGCUUGGGCAGGUUAAAGGAUAUAAAAGCACAGCUCCAGGUGUAGUUGGGCCUUUGCUGGCUGAGGUGUAACCCCAAAAUCCUCUUGAGCCAUCUGCAGGAUCCAGAGUUGAGUUGACUUGGCAUAUGUGAAAGAAAUGGUGCUGAAUUCUCUGGGCUUUUAUCAGGCCUGGGUUUUUGAACUCUUAAAUCCCACCGAGCUCCUCAGGACAGGGAAUGUCUGCAGUGAUAUGGGAGGCACAUGUCUGAGCACUGCCAUCCUCUGGGAACCAAUUUUAAUUUUCUGUGUUUUCAGGAAUUGCAUGCUCUGGAGUUUAUACUCCUUUUUUCCAUCAAUGGUUUAACUUCUGGUUCUUGUGUCCAAUUCUCUGUGGAGGUGGCAGAAGAAAUGACACCCUCCUGCCUUACUAGCCUGCAGAACACUAUUGAAGGGUCAGAACAAGCCUCCAAGAAUUUGGAUAUUAGUACAAGUACUUGAUAGAUUUCUGUUGCUGAGUCUCUGUGGAGACUUGCUUUUUAAGAUGGGACUUAAUAAAAAUGAGGAGUCAAA